AUGUGCAAUAGACGGACCUAUGGGCCAAACCGCGAGGACCCUGUGAGGGGCUAUGCGGAUACCGCUAUGGAGUUUCCCAGACUGCUUGCCUUGCUGUUGCUAGUGUUGGAGUGGACCCGGCCAGGCCUACCGUCCCCGCUGAGGCCGAUCUGUGACCUGAGAGUCCUGAACCAUUUCAUUAAGGAAGCACGAGACGCCGAAGUCGCUAUGAAAUCAUGUAGAGAAGGAUGUAGCCUGUCAGAGUCUGUCACUGUUCCCCAAACCAGAGUCGAAUUUGAUGUCUGGGAGAAGAAAAACGCGUUGGAGCAAGCCCAGGAGGUGCAGUCUGGCUUAUGGCUCUUACAGCAGGCCCUCGGCGUCCUACAGACCUCAGUCACCAACACAGCACUGCACAGCCACAUAGAUAACUCCAUCAGAAACCUGCUCAGCAUCAAUGCUGUGCUGCGUAGCCUCAACAUCCAGGAAUAUACCCCACCGGCAAACGCAGCGGGGCUUGAGGGAACAUGGAGGGUGUCCUCGGCAACAGAUUUGCUUCAAGUCCAUGUCAACUUCCUGCGAGGCAAAGUGCGCCUCCUUCUUUUGGAUGCACAGGCUUGUCAGCAAGAUGUCAGCUGAUCUCCCGACUCCAGGGCGAAGCUUGUGUUUCCGAAGGCAAGAGGAGGGACUUGACACUGCUGACCUGCACGCUGGCUGCUGGAAGCGGUGUGGAGAGAGAGAAAGAUACAGCCGUCCUCACAUAAGGGGAGGAAGCUGAAAGGAAAGGACAGUCCCAGCGAGGCUUUGGAUGGACAGGAGAUGAUUGCACCUUGGAAUGUAGAUGUGAAACAUAGUGAAGCACACAACUGACCAAAAUGAGAUCUUUGGGAAGCUCUGCUCCAAUAGCUGUUCUACUGGCACUCUCUUGCACUUUGUGUGUGGAUGUACUUUUGCGUGUGUGAGUUAAGACUGCAAGUUUAAAUCUGUACGUAGUGUGUAUGUGUUGUUUGCUGUUUCCAGUGAGUUUGACCCUGACACUCAUCUCUUUAGAAUGAACUGUGGAGUAAAACACCCAGAAAAUAAUGACUGCACCUGGAAAUUGGAGGACAGAGCAUCCAGUUCCAAUACCACUGCAAAAAGGCAGAAAUGAAUGAGGCCUCACCCCACAAGCCUUUAACAUAUUUCAGCUGUGCCUCACUGAAACAUUAGUCU